GCAAAAAUGCUCUUUUAUCAUAACUCGACAUGAAAGUAGCAAAGCCAAAACAGUCAAUGACAUGCUUUUCGGGAUAUACAAUUAGCUAUGGUGUAAGAAAAGGUAAGUGAAAUAUAGGGGAAGGUAGAACAUGUUUUACAGUAAGUUUAAAGUUGUUAUCACCAAUUUAGCUCUGAUAGGCCUUUGGCAAUCCAAGCUUUUGGGAUCGUACUCAAGGCUACUUGGUUUAGGCCUGGCUAUAGCCUAGGGAUACAGUCCAAUAAUAUCUCCUUCUCCUGAAGUGUACACUCUCGUUCGCUUCUUCCUACAAAUCUAAAAUCAUUGGAUUGGUGGAGGCAUGGGCUAGAGAGGAAUAUGCUACCAAAUAGCACCUUAUUCCCUAAUGUAGGCCUACUUUUAAGGAAUGCACUAUAAGGAAUAGAUCAAUCAACUGGCUCACUAAAUGGGGUACCGAAAUACAUCCAAAAGAGGUCGACACGAAAUUAGACUAGGUUUAUUUCUGUUUUGACCUGCUGAGUCGCAGUGCUUAGUGAACAGAUUUCAAUGUGGGCCUAGCUGUAUCGAAAACGGUUGAUGGGGAAAGUGUGUAAUCUGAUCAAUAUAUUUCCCCCCCAAGAUUAAUGAGAGAAUGGGAAUGUGCAUAAAGGUCUAACAUUCCAUGACGUGGUAUGAAGUUCUUAAUUCGUCAGUGGCUGCAAUAUUGUCCUCAGUAAACUCAACAUGAGUGAAAACAACACAGAUAAGGACACGUUUUUCGAGAUAUAAAAAAUACUGUAUGCUAUUAUGGAUGAAGAAAAGGUAGGUUAAAUGACACUAAAUAUUUGGGAAUGUAACUAAGGAAAACGUCAUUUAAGAUAACAUAGUCUAUUGCAAAACAAAUGUCUAGUUCUCUCUAUUAAGUCAAUCACCAGUUUAGCUCUGAUAUGGCUGUAGCUCUAUGAUGUCCUUUGCAAGAAUCUAAUCUGACAUUGACAUGAAAUUCCUAUGUCCUUCAGGUAGUACAGAGAGAUGAUGAAGAUCCCCCGAGGGAGUGGAGGGAGGUUGUUGAGGAAGAACCAGUGGCCCAGCUCAAGAAGGAGCCCAAGAAGACAGGAAAGGCGAAGAGGAAAAGUAGUGCCAAGAAGUCAGGGGAGCAGGGCACUGAUACGGAUCCAGGAUUGAGGAAUAAACACCCGGACAGAGGAUCUGUUAUUGAGCUCUUGGAGAAGAAUGCUCUUAAGGCUGCACUCGGCCCAGGCAACAAAGAUGAGAUGGAGGACUGCUACCCAAUCCUCAUCUCGUUCAUGCGCAAUCUUACUGAUGAGCAAUGGCAAGUGAUCUAUAAAGGAUUUAAAAAACCUAUGACAAAGGAACAGCUUGCAAAAUUGUGCAAGACCAUUGUCAACUUCAUUGCACAGACCACCCUGCAGAUCCUGCUGCCGGCCCUGGCCCGCAUUCUAGGGGUGACGGGCUUUUAUGACAACGCUGACUCACUCAAGAGGGGUGGCAGUGCAAGAUCCUUCACUGCCUUUGAGUAGAAAAGACUGGAGCUCAUCCAGGAAGUUAAAUAUUUGGCGAAGUAACUGUGGCGGCAGGGAUCUCCGACCAAGGUCUAGCACACCCUCUUCCAAGAGUUCCCAGACCUCACUGAAAGUCCACCUGGGAAUGCCAGAGGACAGUAUCAUCAGCAGUGUCCAGGAGCAACUGUCAAAAUCUGACCAAAUGGUGGCUGCAGGACAGCUUUCACAAAUAGAUAAAGUGGUUGGAACUAUGCUGGAGAACAUUGAGAAGAUAAGCAGCGAAUGUGGCGAGGAAUUGGUCUAUCAAGAGUCACUGCGGUCUUCCUCCUCGUUGUCAUUCUCAACUGCCAAAUCACAGAAGACAGAGUGGGAAUUUGCACUCCCAUUCCUUCUGAGUUACCCGAGAGUACUGCUCAGCCCAUUGUAAGAUGCUCAGUCAUUGACAUGAGCGAAUCUUCUAAGCCAAAAACAAUGGUGUGUGAUGCCAGAACAAGCAUGUUUGCCAUAGCCGAUACCAUCAUGAAGAAGGUAUAUCCAGAGGCAGAAGGGCAGGUUACAUCUCACCCUGAUCUAACAGAUCCAAUAGCUAGACUGGAGGAGCUCAUAUCUCAGGGUAGGAUUGGUGCUCUCUCCCGUGAUCUCAGUCACCAAGUCAACCGCAUAAUUUCCGAUAGCAACUUGACCCCUCUGGGACUGACAGUGGCGGCUGGAAAGAGUGCAUCUGAUACCAUCCUUUCGAAGCUGAAGAGGAAUGACAAGGUGGGGAAGCCCACAACUUACAAGCUGGUUCAGCUGUUUGUAGAGGAGUCUGUUAAGUGCCUCCUGCUUCCUAGUUUUGUGCCCUAUUCAACUUCAAUGAGUUUGGCUCAGGGGGCCAAGGUGUUGGCUAGAGUGUCUGAAGAUAGAAUUUCAUGCUCUUCUUCUUCUUCAUCAGUAUUUAGUGACACAGUCAGUCUCUUUACCAAAGUUAUGGUAAGCCAGGUCAUGUACUCUGUGGAUUCUGAUGCAGAAAGUAGAGGAUCCUCUCCAACUGAAUCUCUCCAAACAUCUGAACCCACUAUAUCUGAUGUAGGCAAUCUAUUGAGUGGCAAGUCCUCCCCUCGGCUGUCUCCUUCUGGCACCAUUAUGGCAACAAGCGAGACCUCCAAUGCAGCACAAAUCUUGAAGGCCAACAUUGAUGGAGAGGAAGUGGAUACCACCAGUCAUUCUGGUGUAGCUCAAAACAUUGUCAGGGACGAUAUGUCAACCAGCCCAGACAUGGUCAAAGAUGUCACACUUCCAACCCCAUCCUCUGCGUGUUAGUAAUGAGAAUUCUAACAGAAAUCCAAACCCCAGCAGAAGAUUACCCAGUUGACGUCACACGCAAGUCACAAGACCUGAUCCCUAAAGUUAUGGAGGUCUUCUGUGCAUGGUCAGGCUGCUCUGAGACACAAGCCUAUCCAGAGAACUUGAGGAUUCAUAAAGUCUACAGAGUCGUCUAUAAAAAUCUGUUGGAGGAGUUUGGCUCGGAGAAAAUCCUCCAACAGGCCGUGUCGACUCAGGACUCUUCAUUUGAUAGGAUUCUUGUCAAGUCUUUGAGUGAAGCGCUUCUCCACAGAUGUAAUGAGGCAUUGAGGGCAGCCUCAAGAACAUCAGUCAAAACCACCGGGCCUAAGGCUCUUCCACUGGCUGAGGAUGUGAGGGCUAGCAGCGGGAAACUAUCUUUUCUACAAAGGCUGGUCAGGCUGACAAGCAACUUAAAGCUAUUCAAGAAGGGGAACAAGAAGGAUUCCCACCGCUCUGAAUCAGAACAAGUACAGACCACUGCUGAAGAUGGCAUGCUGCCCAGCAUAGUGCCACAUGCUGCCAUGUCUGCACUGCCAAAGGAUCUCCCCGCCAGCUCCCAACAGGAGACGCCUCACAAACGUCCACUUCUCGUCAGGAUGUUUUCUGCCAUCUACAAAGGCCUGUUCAAGCCCUUCAAACAGUCCUUAAAGACCAAGUAACUUCAGACAAUUUAUUAAACGUCAUUUAUUGCAAUAAAUUGGCCUUUGUCUUCUUA